AUGAAGUGUCAAUUGGUACUGCUUGUGGCGCUGGCGGUGGUGAUGGCCACCGGUGCGGUGUCGUACUGCCCAAACCGGUGCGUCUGUGACGACGAGAAACUGCACGUGACGUGCGGUGAGGGCGAGCUGGACGUGCUACCGAUCGCGCUGAACCCUUCGAUCGGCCGGUUGGUGAUCAAAUUUAAUCGCAUCAAAUCGAUCGACUCGUCGAUCCAGUUCUACACCGAGCUGACGAUGCUGGACCUCAGCUACAACCAUCUGCUCAGCAUUCCCGAGCGCAUCUUUAUGUACCAGAAGAAGCUGCUGCAGUUGCAUCUGAACAACAACAAGAUCGGCGCGAUCACGAACAAAACGUUCGGUGGGUUGGACGAGCUGCGGGUGCUGAAUCUGCGCGGGAACUUCAUCGACGAGAUUGGUGUGGAGAUGUUCAAGGUUCUGCCGAAGCUGGAAGAGCUGAAUCUGGGCCAGAACCGAAUCGCGACGUUGCACGCGAGCGCCUUCGAGGGUCUGGCCAACCUGCGGGUGCUCUACCUGGACGAUAACUCUAUCAGCACCAUUCCGACGCUCUCGCUAACGCCACUGCGCGGCCUGGCGGAACUGUACCUCGGCACGAACUCGCUGUUCAAGGUACUUCCGGGAGCGUUCGAGGGAUUGGGACAGUUGCGUCGCCUCGACAUCCACGGUUCGAUGUUGGUCAACAUCACCAGCGAGACGUUCCGCGGGCUCGAGAACAUCCGCUCGCUGGACAUCUCCGAUAACCAUCUGCUGAAGGUACCCACGGUGCAGUUGAGUGGUUUGAAGCGUUUGGAGGACCUUACGAUCGGACAGAACGAUUUCGAGGUCAUCCCGGAAGGGGCUUUCUUUGGUCUGUCCAACCUGAAGUCGAUCGAUAUCUCCGGUGCACUGAAUCUACGCCAGAUCCAGUCGGGAGCGUUCUCAGCGAACCCAAACCUGGAAUCGAUUACGGUCGCCUCAAACAAGGAACUUCAGGAGUUGGAUGAGGGAGCGUUCGCCGGGUUACCGCAUCUCCGGAAGGUGUCGCUACGCGACAACAAGAUCGGUACGUUCCACGAGGAACUUCUGCCGUGGAAGCACCUGGUUGAGUUCGACCUGACCGAGAAUCCGCUGGUGUGCGACUGUAGCGUGCUCUGGUUGCGGAACUUACUGCAGCGUCAAAGCCCGGAGUCGCAGGACGACUCCCAGAUAGUCUGUACCGGUCCCGAUCGCCUGCACGGGGAGCCUCUGCGAGACCUAACGGCGGACCUGCUGGGCUGCCAGCACCUGCAGUCGAAAGAGCGAGCCAUCUUUGGCGCCAUCAUCGUCGCGUCGGCGGCCAGCGUAACCACGGUGGUGCUGAUUGUUUACCGGCUGCGACACCGCAUCCUCGACGCCGUCCGCCGGAAGGGCUGGGCUGGCGGUAACAAGCGGGCCACGCUGCAGGAGGAGAAGGACGUCGAGGUGCAGAAAUCCCUCGGCGAAGUCGAGUACCAUCAGCCGCACUGCAAUAUCUACACGUACAACUACCACCCGGCGUACAGGAACUACCAGCAUCCGUUCGGUGGUCAGUACACGCUGCCCUAUCCGCACUAUCAGACCCACGGGCAACCACCGACUACGCUGCAGCAUCAUCCACACCACCAUCAUCAGCAUCAUCAGCAGCAGCAGUCGUCGUCCCCUGCCGCCUCCAUCGUUGCCGUCUCCGGUGGAUACAGUGGCCCUCAACAGCAGCAGCAGCAUCAGCAGCUUCCACAGCCUCAGUCGCAUCCACACCAACAGCCACCACUCCCCCAAACUCCCAAGGGACCGCUGAGCACCUCGUCGUCGACCACGUCCUCCUCGACGUCCUCGUCGGCGCUCUCCUCGAGCGGAUCCACCGUGUCCGGCAUGUCGGCCCAGACACAAUCAUCCACGAUCUACUCACCGCAGUACGCGCACCACAUAUACGAGGUGCCAAAGAACGUGGCCGACACCUAA